GGGCUACCCUGCAUAUUUCUUUCAAUUCUCCGCCAUUGUGCAGGAGGUUAUUUUAUCAAUCUGCUCAUAUUUUUUCAAGAAUAUAAUCGCUGUCCACAGUUAAAAAGAUGUCUCGUUUCUUUGCCGGAUCUGAUUCUGAUUCAGACAGCUCGUCUGAGGAGGAGCAAAUUCAACGUGCGCCAGCUUUGGCCUAUGCUUUCAGUGAUGAUGAAGAUGAGGUCAAGCGUGUUGUACGCUCCACAAAGGAGAAGAGAUAUGAGGAUUUGACUAAUAUCAUUAAGCAGAUUAGGAACUUCAAGAAGAUUAAGGAUAUGAGCAGUAUGCUUUCAAGUUUUGAAGACCUGCAAAGAGCAUACUUGAAAGCUGCACCUGUAAUUGCAAAGGAAGAAAAUGGACAGACACCCAGAUUCUAUAUCCGCUGUUUGGCUGAGAUGGAAGAUUUCAUUAACGAAGUUUGGGAGGAUCGGGAUGGUCGUAAAAACAUGAGCAAGAAUAAUUACAAAUCUUUGAGUUCUAUUCGUCAGAAGCUGAGGAAAUAUUUAAAAGACUUCGAUGAAAGUAUUAAGAAAUUCCGCGAGAAUCCUGAUCAGCCUGAUGAUGAAGGUGAAGAAGAGAAACGUGACGAGGAUGUUGAUUCUGAUGCUGAAGCACCAGUUAAAGUGUCGGCUGCUGCUAAAGUCGCUGUGGAACCAACCAAAGAUUUCGAUGAUGAUUCUGAUUCAGACAGUUGGCCUUCGGAUUCCGAAUCUGACUCUGGCAGUUCCACCGAUGAUGAUAAGAUUACGAAUAUGCGCGAUCGUUUCUUGAAAAAGACCGGUCCGACUCAAGAGGAUGACGAAGAAAAGGAAAAACGCAAGGAGGAUCGUCGUAAUGAGCGUAAGGAAAAGGAGCGUAAAAAGAUGCGGAGAGAGGAUGAAGAAGAUGGAGAAGGCGAAUGGGAAACUGUUAAGGGAGGUGUUGCUAUCCCCAGUGAAAAACCUAAAAUGUUCGCCAAAGACGCACAGAUUGAUUUGCCUUUAGUCAUCAACAAACUGUCUGAAAUCAUUGCGGCCAGAGGUAAGAAACGUACCGAUCGUAGAGAACAAAUCGAACUUUUGCAUGAAUUGCAAAAUGUCUCUGAGCAGCAUCAACUUGGUCCGGCUAUUGUAAUCAAGAUUAAAUUCGCUAUUAUUUCCGCAAUUUUCGAUUAUAAUCCUAAAGUUUCGGAUGCUAUGAAACCCGAAUAUUGGACUAAAUUGUUGGAGAGGAUGUACGAAUUAUUGGAAACUUUGUCGAAGAACGACAACGUCGUUAUUUCUGAAACUAUUACCGAAGAAACUGAGAAUUUUGAGAGCGCACCAUACCAAGUUCGCGGAUGCGUUUUGACUUCCGUCGAACGUCUGGAUGAUGAAUUCACCAAAUUACUUAAGGAAUGCGAUCCUCAUAGCAAUGAGUACGUUGAAAGAUUGAAGGACGAAUGCAAGGUUGCCGCUAUCAUCGAUAAAGUCCAGAUUUACCUCGAACGCCACUCCAAUUACUCUGAAAUUUGCAGAAUAUAUUUAAGAAAGAUCGAACAUCUUUACUACAAAUUUGAUCCAAAAGUAUUGCAACAGAAGGCUGGAGAGGUUACCAAGGAUGUUAUUACCUCUGUGCAAGAGAUGGAGAAGCUAUGCAAAUACAUCUACGCUAAAGACGGCACAGACAGAUUGCGUACUAGGGCUAUCUUGUCGCACAUUUACCACCAUGCUUUGCACGAUAACUGGUUCCAAGCCAGAGACCUGGUGCUCAUGUCGCAUUUGCAAGAAAACAUCCAACACUCCGAUCCCAGUACUCAAAUUCUCUACAACCGUACCAUGGCUCAUUUAGGUUUGUGUGCCUUCAGGCAUGCAAACAUUAAAGAUGCUCAUAGCUGUUUAGUGGAUUUGAUGAUGACUGGAAAACCGAAAGAGUUGUUGGCUCAAGGUUUGUUACCGCAAAGGCAACAUGAGCGCAGCAAAGAACAAGAGAAAAUCGAGAAACAACGUCAGAUGCCAUUCCAUAUGCACAUCAACCUGGAAUUGUUGGAGUGUGUAUACUUGGUUUCCGCUAUGCUCAUCGAAAUUCCAUAUAUGGCUGCCCAUGAAUUCGAUGCUCGCCGUCGUAUGAUUUCCAAGACUUUCUAUCAGCAAUUGCGUAGCUCCGAACGUCAAAGUCUUGUAGGUCCUCCUGAAAGUAUGCGCGAACACGUUGUUGCUGCUGCCAAGGCGAUGCGCAACGGCCACUGGGCUUCAUGCAAUACGUUCAUCAUAAACGACAAAAUGAACGCUAAAGUCUGGGACUUAUUCUACCAAGCCGAUGCCGUCAGGGCCAUGCUCACCAAGCUGAUCAAGGAAGAAGCUCUGAGGACCUACCUCUUCACCUAUUCCCACGUGUACGAUUCAAUUUCCAUGGCAACUUUAGCUGAAAUGUUUGAGAUGGAGAAGUCCAAUGUGCAUUCAAUCAUCUCGAAAAUGAUUAUUAACGAAGAACUGAUGGCAUCGCUGGACGAUCCAACGCAAACCGUCGUUAUGCAUAGGAGCGAACCAUCUAGACUACAGAGUCUGGCCAUGCAGUUGGCUGACAAGAUCAACAACUUCGUGGAUUCGAACGAGCGCAUUUUGGAAACGAAGCAAGGAAACUUCUUCAUGAGGGGCCAAAAUCAAGUAAGGGGCAACUUCCGCGGCGGAGAUCGUCAAAAUUACAGGGGUGGUAAUCAAGAGUGGAACAGGCAACGUAGAGACAACAGGAGACAAGAAUACUAGAUAUAGAAUAAAUCUUCUGUUUUAUACUACUGUAAAAA